AUGAGAUUGAAUCGACUCCGAAGAUUGUCAACAAGAGUGGCGCAUGUCACUUCUCCCAUUUACUAUCCAAAUGCAAAACCACAUUUAGGUCACCUUUAUUCCAAUUUACUAUGUGAUGUUACUCAUAAAUGGAAAACUUUGAACAAAACUCAGUCACUUUUUACCACAGGUACUGAUGAGCAUGGUUUUAAGAUCCAAAAUGCAAGUGAAAAGAAUGGAUACAAAGAUCCAAAAUUGUUUGUAAACACAUUAUAUAAGGAAUUCGUUCUAUUGAACGAAAAGGGUAAAAUAAAUUACACUCGAUUUAUUAGAACAACUGACGAAGAUCAUAUUGAAAGUGUAAAAAAACUAUGGGAAUUAUGUUGGAAUAACGGUUUCAUUUAUAAAGGCGAACAUGUUGGAUGGUAUUCCAUAUCAGACGAGACUUUCUAUCCUGAGUCCAAAGUUAUAAAAGAUCCAAAAUCACCAGACAAAUAUAUUAAUACAGAAUCUUAUAAUGAAGUUUCCUAUCAUUCUGAAAUCAAUUAUUUUUUUAAAUUAACUGCGUUUAGAGAGAGAUUAAUCGAAUACAUCAAUAAUAAUCCAGCCUUUAUAUAUCCAGAAUCAAAAAAAGAUCAGAUUUUAAAUGAGUUAAAAAAUAGUAAUAAUAUACAAGAUUUAUCUGUUUCAAGACCAGCAACAAGGCUACACUGGGGUAUAACUGUUCCAAAUGAUCCUGAUCAAAAAAUAUAUGUGUGGUUUGAUGCCCUAUGCAACUAUAUAACCUCAAUUGGCGGAAUUGAUAAAUUGAAGAAUGAUGAAUUAGCAACCGAUCUACUCCAUCAACCAGCGAAUAAGGAUUGUACCGUCCAUCCUUCAAAAACAUGGUGGAUUAAUACAACACAUGUUAUCGGUAAGGACAUAAUGAAAUUUCAUGCCAUAUAUUGGCCAAGUUUUUUGAUGGCAGCAGGAUUACCUUUAAAUAAACAAAUUAUUAUACAUAGCCACUGGUUAUGUAAUGGUGUAAAAAUGUCAAAAAGUUUAGGAAAUGUAGUCGAUCCAAUAGAGAUGAUUGAUUACUAUGGAGCAGAUACAUUAAGAUGGUUUUUGCUUGAAAAUUCACAAUUAGAGGAAGAUGGCAAUUUCCAGGAAGAAAAACUGUAUGAGGCAAGGGAGAUGUUUGUAUCUAAAUGGGGUAAUUUGAUAAAUAGAUGCUGUGGUAAAAAAUUCAACAUUAGUAGAGCAGUCAGUGACAUUACCAGUAAACAAAACCCAGAAAAAUAUAUAAAAGGCCAAUUCCUGAAUGAUGUAGAUAUUGUUAGACAAAUUGAUUCCAUAUUCGAAAAGCUAAACAAGUUACCACAGAUUAUGGAUGAUAAGUUACAAAAGUAUGAUACUUCCUCACUAUUACGAGAAAUUUGGGGGAUCUUAUUUGAUGCUAACACUUUAAUGCAGCACUCAGCGCCUUGGAAAAUGACACCAACCCAGCAAGAUUGCAUUAUAUUUAUUUGUACAGAGACAACUCGUAUUUUGUCUAUAUUAUGCCAACCAAUUAUCCAUUCUUUCUGUAAUAAGUUUUUGGAUAAAUUAGAAAUUUCUAAAGAUAGAAGAAGCAUAGACUAUAUUAAAUUUGCUUCAGAUAAGAGUUAUGGUCUGAAUUCCAAUCUAUCUCAAAAAGGCGUACCAAUAGAAAGAGUCCCAAAAAGACAACUAUAA